AUGAGCCAAAUAGCGGCACUAUUUCUCAUGUACCUGGACGAAGAGGACACUUUUUGGUGUAUACAUGCACUCAUGGUCGGCAGGAAAUACUCUAUGCAUGGCUUCUUUGUGCCCGGUUUCCCGAAACUGUCUCGAUUUGAAACUCAUUUCAAAAAAAUAUUGAAGAAGUAUAAGCCACGGGUAUACAAGCAUUUAGAAAAAAACGACAUUCCAUAUAUUUAUCUAACUAAAUGGUUUUUCGGUUGCUUUCUAGAUCGAGUUCCGUUUUCUUUGGCAUUGAGGUUAUGGGACGUUUACAUUCUCGAAGGGGAUUCAGUUCUUCUCGCGAUGGCCUUGAAUAUUAUGAAAAUGCACGAAAAGUCCAUACGAAAGCUGCAAAUGGAGCAUUUCAUGGACUUCAUACAAACAACGCUCGCAUCCAAUUUCGGAUAUUCUGACGACGAGACAAUGUUUUCUUUGCGAGAAGUACUUAGCAAAUUGAAGGUGAGGUUGCUAACC